AGCGCCGCCGCCGCCGCCGCCGCUGCACGUCACCUGACACUGACGGACAGGAGGAGGAGGAGGAGGAGGAGGAAGGAGGAAGGAAGAGGUUGAGGAGGUGGAGGAGGACACAGGUGAUCCCAGCUGGACUCCAUCUGAAGGUGUCACUUCUCAUCCGUCUCCCCCUGCUAUCGGGGAUGCCCAGCUGGACUCGGACUCCCAACGUGCACCUGUGGGCAUGGUGAAGCUGGAGCCCGACAGCACCUGUGUGCGACGUCUGCGGAAAAGUGAUGAAGAACAAGUCAAGUCUGGCGCGACACUCCUUCAUCCACACGGGGAAGAAGCCGUUCGCCUGCCACCUGUGCGACCUGCGCUUCAACCGCCGUGACAACCUGCAGCACCACCUGAACCGGCUGCACCCCAACGGCGUCGCCAAGCUGGAGAAGCAGCGCGAGGCACAGGCGUGGCUGUGCGCCGUCUGCGGCAAAACUUUCAGCUGCAGGUCGCGGCUCAAGACGCACGAGGUGAUCCACUCGGGGGUGAAACCUCACCGCUGCGACCUCUGCCCCAAAGCCUACAUGAGGACCAACGACCUUGAGCACCACAAGAAGAUCGUGCACGUGGAAGGCGCCGCCGAGCCUCAGCGGCCGAGCUCGCUGCUCUGCGACUUCUGUGGCAAAGAGUUUAAAAGCAGGUCGCAGCUCGCCAUCCACUUUCAGACUCAUACGGGCGAGCGGCCGCACCUCUGCGACAUCUGCGGCCGCAAGUUUGGCCGGCAGUACCAGCUCAAACGCCACAAGAUCCUGGUCCACGCCAACCGGCCGGACAGCGAGGAGGACCCGCCACUCGAUGCGCCCUUCUCCUGCGGUGUCUGUGGGAAGCGGCUCAAGUCUGAAGCACUCCUCGCCGUUCACUCCCGCAUCCACACCGGCGACAAGCCUCACCGCUGCGGCAUCUGUCUGCGCAGCUUCCAGCGCGCCACCUGCCUGAAGCAGCACCACCUCCGCGUCCACCUGAAGGUCAAAGCCAACGAUGUGCCGCAUGCCGCCGGCCGCAGGAAGAGUGCCGCGCCGGCCAAGAUGUUCCCAUGUCCCACCUGCAGCAAGGUGUUCAGAUUUAAGUCUCUGCUGGCGAGUCACUCGAUGAUCCACAGCGAGGUGCGACCGUACGCCUGCGACUUCUGCAGCCGCAGCUUCAGACGCCUCAGCCACCUGAAGAGGCACCGCGAGGUUGUCCACGCCAACGGAGCGCGCCCGCCGCAGAGCUUCAUCUGCCACAUCUGCGGUAAAGACAAGAAGUGCCGCUCGCAGCUCGCCAGACACGUCAUCAUCCACACGGGGGAGCGGCCGUUCGCCUGCGACCUCUGUACCGCUCGCUUCAACCGCCGUGGCAACCUGCAGCAGCACAGGAAGCGCAUGCACGGUGUCGGGAAGCCGCCGGCCGAGGAGGCCCCGCCCAUCCUGUUCGACGACGACGUGACGCCGGCGCUGACCUACAAACAGGAAGAGACGGUGGUGGCCGUCGACGCCACCGUCGAACAGUUGGAGGUGGCAACGAGCGACGAGGUGGACGUCGUCCAGCAGCUCGUCGCCACCUGACGGCGUCUGAACUGAGCAGGUCUCUGAUUGGUCGAAUGUGGGACAGAUCUGAACAGUUAGAAGCAGUGAAAUGAGUCUGACACUUUAUCAAACCUGUGAAUGAUCUGAGAGACGAACACCGAUGGAUGGAUCGAUCGAUCAUUGAUUGAUCCACAAUGUUCAGUUUAAAGGAAAAUUAAACGUCAACAUGAUCAGA